GCACUGCUGAGGAGCGGAGCCUCCGAUUGGGGGGCCCCUAUCCUUGCCUAUUCCCCCCCCCCGCCCGACUGCUCGUCCCCGCCCCAGCUCCCACUGGCUGGGCCAACUGUGGUGUGGCUGUCGCCGUUUGUCGGAGGAGCCUUAAUCGGCCACCUGCCGCGUUCCACAGCCUCUUUGCAUCUCGGAUUUCGGGGCGGCUCCCUCCCCCAUCUUUCCCUGCUUCUUUGCACCCCGCUUUUUCUGCAUUUCGCUCGAAUUUUGGAGCCGUCUGGUUUUGCACCCCUUUUUGUUUUGCUUCUAGGCGGUGUGUGGGGUGAAGGUGCCUUGGUAUUCCUUCCCCUGGUUAUCUUUCCCUGUUUUGACAGCCCCCUUUCUAUCGCAGUCGGGGGGCCUAGCUUCGGCGCACCUCCGCCGCACUGCCAGCAGACCACAGCGCGUGGCUGUGCACCCCGGAAUUUGCAGCAGCUGCAUAUCUGAUUGGAGUCUCCCUCGCCUCGCUCCCGCGCGCAUUCGGUGCGUGGAGGGCUUCAGCGCGCGACGCCCGGGCUUCUCCGCAGCCCCUAGCAGCGCGCCGGGACUCGCCCCGUGCCUCCAAGAUGGUCAUCCAGAAAGAGAAGAAGAGCUGCGGGCAGGUGGUUGAGGAGUGGAAGGAGUUCGUGUGGAACCCGCGGACGCACCAGUUCAUGGGGCGCACCGGGACUAGCUGGGCCUUCAUCCUCCUCUUCUACCUCGUCUUCUACGGCUUCCUUACCGCCAUGUUCACCCUCACCAUGUGGGUAAUGCUGCAGACUGUCUCUGACCAUACCCCCAAGUACCAGGACCGACUGGCCACACCAGGCUUGAUGAUUCGACCCAAGACUGAGAACCUUGAUGUCAUUGUCAACAUUAGUGACACCGAAAGCUGGGAUCAGCAUGUUCAGAAGCUCAACAAGUUCUUGGAACCUUACAACGACUCCAUCCAAGCUCAAAAGAAUGACGUCUGCCGUCCUGGGCGAUAUUAUGAACAACCAGAUAACGGGGUUCUGAACUAUCCAAAACGUGCCUGCCAGUUCAACCGGACCCAGCUGGGCAAUUGUUCUGGCAUUGGGGACCCUACCCACUAUGGUUACAGCACCGGGCAGCCCUGCGUCUUCAUCAAAAUGAACCGGGUCAUCAACUUCUAUGCAGGGGCAAACCAGAGCAUGAACGUCACCUGUGCUGGGAAGAGAGAUGAAGAUGCUGAGAAUCUUGGCCACUUCGUCAUGUUCCCUGCCAAUGGCAACAUUGACCUGAUGUACUUUCCCUACUAUGGCAAAAAGUUCCAUGUAAACUAUACACAGCCCUUGGUGGCUGUGAAGUUCCUGAAUGUGACCCCCAACGUGGAGGUGAACGUAGAAUGCCGCAUCAACGCUGUCAAUAUUGCCACAGAUGAUGAGCGGGACAAGUUCGCUGGCCGUGUGGCCUUCAAACUCCGAAUCAACAAAACCUGAGGCUCCCCACCCCCACUCACCCACACUUUCCUGUGGAUGCUUCUGGAAUGUCCUUGACCCUGCCUGGUCCCUCCCUCACCCACCCCAAAGGUAUUUUUUAUAACAGAGCUAUGACUUGUCUGAUCCUCACACCCUUUCCCCAGCUUCUUUACCCCGCCUGAGGUCCACACAAUUUCCAACAUCUUCCAGCCUUAGCUGAGCCAGAGACAGAGAGGAGUCAGGAGUUUUCUAACUCGGGAGUUGGAGUUGUGACUCAGCGACAGAGGACUUGCCUAGCAUGCACAAGGGCCUCUGCACUGUUGGAAUUGUCUAGUUUUGAGUUUAUGAAUGAGAUGUCCUUACAACUCCUGUUUCAAUUUCUACUCACAUCCUCUGAGAGUUCUAGAAAAUGGUCCCAUCUACCCCGACUCUACCCCCACAUACCCCUCUCCCGUUUCAGCCGUUUGCUUCCCAGGGGUGAAAACUGUUUUCCCUCCCUUCUCAACGGUGUAGCCACUUUUCUCUUGUCUCUUCACACUUCUGUCACCAUAACAGUAUCUUGGUGGCUUUGACUUGGUGGUUCCUCCAGCAGUUCUGUCCUCUCCUCUCCCUUACCCCUCCCUCUGAAAAACUGCCAUUUGUAGCUGAGUACAAGUUGGUUCUGUGGCCUUUUCCGUCCUUCCUAGUACAUCCUGCUUCUCCUCCAAUUGUGACUCCAAAGGAGGACUGGAAGAGAAGUCUUUAAUUCUUCUAGAAAAUUCUCUAGUAGGCUUAGACUUUUAACUUCGUCCUGGUCCCUCCUGUCAUCCAAACAGCUCCUACUCAGGCGGGCUUGACCUGCUCUGAAUAUCCACUUUGUUUUUAACUGAUGGUUCCCUUCCCCCACUGGCUUUCCCAGAAUAUCUUUCAAGUUCUCCUUCCCAGGGAGCUCUGGGGGAGGGGCCGCUGUCUUGGCUCUAUCCCCAGUGGCCACCUUGGAAACGUCAGCUGGCUGGGGGGACUCCCUGAGCUCAGAUCUACCCACCCCCAUCCUCUUUCUGGCUACUCCUUGCAAGUUGCUAACUGGUCACUAAGGUCUUCUCUUUCUGCAUACCAGCCUGACAGCUUCAGACACCCGCCUCCAGCUCAGCUCUGAAUUUCUUGGCCCCGCCUCCUUUAAACUCUUUUGCCUUUAAACAAACAAACAAAGAAACAAACAACCCCUAUAAUGUCCCUAGAAUGUUAAGAAAGAGCACCCUGCUCCGAGUUUUGGUCCAUCACAGCAGCCUCUUCCUCUGGCCUCUCUGCUUCUUCUUACCCUUCCUAACCUCCCUCCUCUUCACUGCAGCCCCCACGUCUCACCCUCAAGUAAAUCCUUCCCCCUUUCCUCCAACUGGAUCUGUGUCUCUUCCACUUUGGGUAUCCAGGUCUUCCUGCCCCUUCAUCUUCCCGGUGGUCUCCUUCUGCAGUUAUUUAAUGCCUGUGUCAGAUCUACUGUAAAAAGAGGAUAAAGUACAAUAAAAUGAGAGUGAAUAUAUAUAUAAAUGUAUAUCAUACACAGA